AGCAGACCAAGGGUCUGGCUAGCGAGACUAAAAAUCCGAGGCUAAAUCUUUCAAGCUAAAAUACUGGUAUAAGUGAGUAUGGCAAAGGUAUUAGAUCUACUUCUUUUGCUUCUUUCUUUGUUGUCAAAAUCUAAUCCAAUAGCGAGCAAUGUAGAAGUUACCUUCACUUUAUCUCCUGAGCCUCCUAUUAUUGCUGAAGGAGAUACAGCAGUCUUUAACUGUUCAUCAAAUCAUUCAGCUGUUCUUAUUAACUGGAUAUUAAAUGGAACAGUAUCAGCUUCAACAUUGACCUCACUUGGUGUUAUUGUUAAUGGAGCAGCAACACCAGUCUCUUCUCUCAUUAUACCAGGACUAGUGGCUCCAUUCAAUGACACUGAAGUACAAUGUGUUGCAUUUGGAUUUGGUAUUGGUGACUUUAGUCCUUCUUCAGUGAUACUCCGAGUACAAGGUAAGUUAGCACCUGUUAAAAGUUUGAGGACAUUAGAGAAUGACUCCUGUUAUGAUUUUGACUGGACACCCCCAUUUACUCUGGCUGGUUUUGAUAUCUUGAGAUAUAACAUUAAUGUCACUGAUAACAACGGUAACAUAAUAGUUCAAACUAAUGUCAGUAUAGCAGAGUGGUACUAUUGUCCUGAAAAAUUUGAUAAUCUUAAUCUAACUAAUCUUUGUAUUAGCAUAGCAGCUGUUAAUGAGGUUGGAGAAGGCGAAUUAAGCAAAAUCAAAUUAAAUACUACAAAAUAUAACAUUGUACAAACUCAAAUCGACAACAGAAGCCGUGACAAAAACCAAAAUUGGAUACUUUCAAUAACUAUCAUACUUGAACAGUUGACAGGAUCAGACUCUGAAAAACCAUGCAUCAAUGAUGUAUUAAUGAACUGUACUGAUAGUAAUGCGAGUUUUAAUACAAGCAAUAUAAUGCAAAUUACUGAUUUUGAACUAAUGGCUACAUUCAACAUCUCUUUAGAAAAGGCAGAUGACAAAAAUCACACUAUUAUAACACAUAUAUCUUUUUGUUCUGUUCUGGAUGAAUAUGAAAGUGACAAGAAUAAUAGCCUUCCUAUUAGUAAGGUUGUUAUGAUAAAAUAA